CUGUCUUUCGGUAAGAAUGUUUCAAUAUCUGAGAUGGGUUAAGUCUCGUAGGGUAAAGUUAUAUAUGGAUUGUUGUAUUACAUUUAGUACUAUAAAUAGACCAUUUAUGACGCGUUUCCAAUUCGCUCGUAUCGAUCUAUAUCUAAAGUAAGCCAGUAGUAAAAUCGUACUGAUUUAAACGCGUGGGAAGUUUGAUAACUACAACAAGAAGAUGACGAGUCAACUAUAUAAAAGUAAUGGUAUAUACACCAGUUAUACCAGCACUACUGGCAGAGAUUGUAGAACAAUGGAACCAGGGACACAGUGCUUUUGUCAGCAUGUAUAUAAGGAUCACAAGACCGACUUUGAAUUUAUUCCGAAAGAACGUCCAAUUAGAUUGCCUUGCCGUGCCCCUGGUUGUAAAUGUGCCAGUUAUUACUAUGUACCGGCAAAGUGCUGUUCAGCCAUAAAGUGUCAUUGUAAACACGCCCCAGAAGAACAUGAAGAAUUUGGAAACUUUGUUUGUAAAAGAGCUGAGUGCAAUAAAUGCACUGGGUUCACAAGUUCGUUAUUGUGCGGAUGUGGAGUACCCAUUUGUGAACACAGAAUGACUGUUGAAACAGGCGACGAACGAGAAAACCGACGAAAAGCCCGCAAACAUUAAUCGUAAGCUAGUGUCCGUUUCUACGCUCCCAGCUGCUUAGUAAAUACCGGGAAUUCCCUUUAUUCGUGGGCUUUUUGUCACACAGAACAUUUUUGGGGUUCUUAAAUUCGCCGACUGUCUAUUUUUCCAAAAGGUAAAAUGUAAAUAAUGUGAUGCAAAAUAAUCUAACAGCAGACGAAAUGAAAUGUCGUUGGAUCUUGAAUUCCUUGGUGGACGUAUCCACGACAACCACGAAAAUAAGUGUCCCACGAAUAAUGAUAAUUUUGCAAUACAUCAGUGUUGUGUGAAAGUGGAACAUUCGAUUGAUGCACAGGAGAGUAAAAAACUGAAAACUAAACUAAAAUUAAGAUGACUAAAUCAUACAAAAAUUACCAAAGCUUGGAGAUGUUCUUCGUUUUAUAUUCUUUCAAAAAUGUACGUCUGGUCUCACAAUUUCUCCGCAAAGAAAGUCUAACCCAAAUGUGGAAUUACAUGUAAUUGCAAAUGGUAUGAUAAAUAAUUCUGGUUAUGACAUAGAUACAUCAUGUCAAGUAUUUGACAGAUUCUUCGUUCUAUGCAUUCUAAAAUUAUAAUUAUAAUACAUGUAAAAUACGUUGAUUUCUGUUAAGGAGUAUAUAACUUGCUUUAAUUUGUGAACGAUACUGGGCAAGGACAUUUUGCAAGUGUUACGAGAAAGACCUGUAUUUUUCUUUUGAUUAUUACAUCGACAUUGGUGAGACCUGUCAAUAAAAUUAGAUCCAAUAGGAUAAAAUCAUAAUGAAACAACGAUGUUGACAUUCGUGUUGUUAUAUUGUUAUGAAAUUUUAUAAUCCUUGAUGGUCAAUGUAUCAGGUGAUGAAAGGGUAAUCAUUGAUUA